AUGGCGACGAGCCCGCUGCCCGGCCCCACCGAUAUCUUGCUGCCGUCGCCAUCCAGCGCGUACCCGCCGGACCCCAUGAACCAGCCGAGGGCCGGCCACGCCGCCAUGAAGCCCAACCAGGUGGGGCAGGUGAUCCUCUACGGCAUCCCCAUCGUCUCCCUGGUGAUCGACGGGCAGGAGCGGUUGUGCCUGGCGCAGAUCUCCAACACCCUCCUCAAAAACUUCAGCUACAACGAGAUCCACAACCGGCGGGUGGCCCUGGGCAUCACCUGCGUGCAGUGCACGCCGGUGCAGCUGGAGAUCCUGCGGCGGGCCGGGGCCAUGCCCAUCUCCUCCCGCCGCUGCGGCAUGAUCACCAAGCGGGAGGCGGAGCGGCUCUGCAAGUCCUUCUUGGGCGAGAACCGGCCCCCCAAACUGCCGGAUAACUUCGCCUUCGACGUGUCCCACGAGUGCGCCUGGGGCUGCCGCGGGAGCUUCAUCCCCGCCCGCUACAACAGCUCCCGGGCCAAGUGCAUCAAAUGCAGCUACUGCAGCAUGUACUUCUCCCCCAACAAGUUCAUCUUCCACUCCCACCGCACCCCCGACGCCAAGUACACCCAGCCCGACGCCGCCAACUUCAACUCCUGGCGCCGCCACCUGAAGCUGACCGACAAGAACCCCCAGGACGAGCUGGUCUUCGCCUGGGAGGACGUCAAGGCCAUGUUUAACGGCGGCAGCCGCAAGCGCGCCCUGCCGCCCGCCCCGCCGGCCCCCGCCGCCGCCGCCCCCGCCGCCUGCCACCCGCUGGGCUCGGUGAAGGCGGCGGCGGUGGUGGGCGGCGGGCUGCUGAGCCCGCACCUCCUGGCCGCCCCUCCCGACCUGCACCAGAAGCGGCCCCGCUUCGAGGAAGACGAGGAGCUGCAGGAGGCGGUGGCGGCGGCGCACGGCGGCAAGAGCCCGCGGAGCUACCCCGUCAUCCCGGUGCCCAGCAAGGGCUCCUUCGGCGGCAUGCUCCAGAAGUUCCCAGGCUGCGGGGGGCUCUUCCCGCACCCCUACGGCUUCCCCGCCGCCGCCUUCGGGCUCUGCCAUAAGAAGGAGGAGGGCGGCGGCGGCGAUGCCCUCGGCGGGGCGGCCGCGCACAAGGCUGGCGGGGCGGCGGCGGGCGGCGGGCUCUCGGGGCUCUUCUGGCCGGGCAGGAAGGAUGCCGCCUUCUACCCGCCCUUCUGCAUGUUCUGGCCGCCCCGCACGCCGGGCGGGCUGCCGGUCCCCACCUACCUGCAGCCGCCGCCGCAGCCCCCCGGAGCCCUGGGAUGCUCGCUGGGGGGGGACGGGGCGGGCCUGCUGCGCCAGGCUUUCCUGGACCUGUCGGAGCCCGGCGGCGAGGCGGGACCGCCCGCCUCGCCCGCCGCCUCCGACGGGGGCAGCGGCGGCGGCGGGGCCGGGCGGGUCCCCCCGCACCACCCGCACCUGCUGGAGGCGGCGGGCGGGCGCAAGGCGGGCGGGGGGUACCACCACUCCAGCGCCUUCCGCCCGGUGGGCGGCAAGGAGGACUCGGAGAGCCUGGCCAAGCUGCACGGCGGCGGCGGCCCCCCGCGCUCCGCCUCGCCCCUGCAGCUGCUGCUGCCGCCGCCGCCGCCGCCGCCCCCCGAGGAUGCGGGGUGCGAGAGGCAUCCGCAUCCCCCGCACGCCGCGCACCGCCUGCUCUCCCCCGGGGGCACCAGCUGCAGCUUCGCCAGCGAGGAGAGCAGCGAGGAGGAGGAAGACGAGGAGGAGGAGGACGAGCCCGAGGUGGACGUCGAAGGGCACAAGCCCCCCGAGGAGGAGGAAGAGGAAGAGGAGGAGGAGGGCGAGGAAGAGCCCCGCGGCGGAGACCCUUUGGCGGCCGGCGGCCGCUUCCCGCCCGCCCGGGGGCUGCUGGAGAAGGGGGGCCGGGAGCGCCCUGCUGCCGGCCCCUUCCCCCGGCCGCCCGUCGAGGAGAAGCCGGGGGACGGCCAAGCCACUUCGCAGCCGCCUCCCGGCGCCCCGCGGGCGGGCAGUGGCGGCAGCAGCCCCGCGCACCUCCCGGCACCAGAGGAGCAGCCCCUCUACAAGGAUAAUCAGAAGAGCAAGGAGAGUAAUCAGGUCAUCUUGCCCACGAAGGAGGACACCUUCUCAGAUAAGAACAAGGAGCAUAAUUUUUUCAUCACAGAUUCAGAGCCUUCAGGAGGAGACUUCUGGAGAGAUAUAGCAGGAGAACACACACAAGAAACCAAUUCACCUCAUUCGCUGAAGAAGGAUGUGGAAAACAUGGGGAAAGAGGAGCUCCAGAAGGUUUUGUUUGAGCAGAUCGACUUACGAAGGAGACUGGAACAGGAAUUCCAGGUGUUGAAAGGAAACGCGUCUUUCCCAGUCUUCAAUAAUUUUCAAGAUCAGAUGAAGCGGGAACUGGCGUACAGAGAAGAAAUGGUACAGCAGCUACAAAUUAUUCCCUAUGCAGCAAGUUUGAUCAGGAAAGAAAAGCUCGGUGCACACCUCAGCAAAAGCUAAAGAGGCACAAGAGUUUUUGCAGCUGUUACCUUAUAAGUUAUAACCCAGUCAGAAACCUGACUUGUAUAUAGACUGUGAAAUGGAAGUGUUUGGGGAUCUAAAUAACAAAAAAAAUCAGGUUCCUCUGAACCUAAGGACAAGUGACCUCAUAGUAUCAUGGACAACCAUGUCAAAUAGAAUGUAGCAGCCAUUUAUUAGUAAACACAAAACCACAAAAAAAAAAAAUGCCUGUCCUUGAUCUUUUUUUUUUUUUUUUUUUUGGGUGGUACCAAAGUUUAAGUCUUUGUGUUUUUAGAAGGACUGUUGAAGUUGAUAGAGAAAAUGCUUUUGACGAAUCGUGCAGAUAAGCUGUGAAAGGAACUGCUGGUCCUUUCAGCGCCACAGACACUUGACAACAUCUGCCAGUUCAUCUCUUGCUUUGGGAUAGUGGUUGUUUUAUGGAAAGAAGUGAACGUCUCACCAGAUGGGCCAGAACCAGAUUUGGGUGGACGGAUGGAUGGAUGGAUGGAUGGAUAGAGCAGCGUUAGCCAUACACAGUGCUUUUUAAAAGCAAACUGGAGAUUCUCACACCCCUCUCCCUCGUCCCUUCCCUCCCCUGGUAUUUUGCCUGCUGUACGAAUUACGAUUGUACUCCUCUGGAAAUAUUUUACAAUUUAAUAUUGAGUGUAA